AUUCAAAUCACUAGUAUUUUUCGCGAUCUUUGCCUGCGGUCACACUAUUGCCGCCAAAAGUAAAAACAUUUUUACUUGCUUUGCUAUUUAAACAUUUAGAGAAGCAUAAACUAUUAGUUUAUUGCAAUCGGGGGCCUAAUUUCGGGUUCACUUAACCGUGAAAACGUGCCGCGCGUUCGAAAUGAGCAGUGAUAAAGUGAAAAACGGCAACGAAGGCGAAGAGUCGGAGGAAUCAUGUGGCGAUGAAUCGGCUAGUUAUACCACCAAUAGCACCACAUCGCGGAGCAAAUCACCAUCAUCCAGCACGAGAAGCAAACGUCGUGGACGCCGGAGCACCAAAUCGAAGCCAAAAAGCCGCGCCGCCUACAAAUACGACACCCACGUAAAGGAGAACCAUGGUGCCAACAUCUUCGGCGUGGCUUUUAACACACUGCUGGGAAAGGAAGAGCCGCAGGUCUUUGCCACUGCGGGCAGCAACCGGGUCACUGUCUACGAAUGCCCUCGGCAGGGCGGUAUGCAGCUGCUUCAUUGCUACGCAGAUCCCGAUCCCGAUGAGGUUUUUUAUACCUGCGCUUGGUCGUAUGACUUAAAGACCUCUGCCCCACUUUUAGCCGCGGCUGGUUACCGCGGAGUCAUCAGAGUUAUUGACGUCGAGCAAAAUGAGGCAGUGGGAAAUUACAUUGGCCAUGGCCAGGCCAUCAACGAACUGAAGUUCCACCCACACAAGCUGCAGCUCUUGCUUUCGGGCAGCAAGGAUCAUGCGAUCAGAUUAUGGAACAUCCAAAGUCACGUGUGCAUUGCCAUCUUAGGCGGAGUAGAAGGACAUCGCGAUGAGGUGCUAUCCAUAGACUUUAAUAUGCGUGGAGAUCGCAUUGUGUCUAGCGGCAUGGAUCACUCACUGAAACUGUGGUGUCUGAAUACGCCCGAAUUUCAUCACAAGAUAGAACUAUCGAAUACUUUCAGCCAAGAGAAAUCUACACUCCCCUUUCCCACAGUAACCAAACAUUUUCCCGACUUUUCCACGAGGGAUAUACACAGGAAUUAUGUAGACUGUGUGCAGUGGUUUGGCAACUUUGUGCUAUCCAAAUCCUGUGAGAAUGCCAUUGUAUGCUGGAAGCCAGGACAACUUCAUCAGAGCUUCGAGCAGGUUAAGCCCAGUGAUUCCUCUUGCACAAUCAUCGCGGAAUUCGAAUACGAUGAAUGUGAGAUUUGGUUUGUGAGGUUCGGUUUUAAUCCUUGGCAAAAGGUGAUUGCUUUGGGCAACCAGCAGGGCAAGGUGUAUGUGUGGGAACUGGAUCCCAGCGAUCCGGAGGGCGCCCACAUGACCACUCUGCACAAUCCGCGCAGUGUGGCCACUGUUCGACAGAUCGCCUUCUCUCGGGACGCCAGUGUCCUGGUUUACGUGUGCGAUGACGCCACCGUGUGGCGUUGGAAUCGUAGACAGGCGUCUGCCAUCUGAUGGCACAUUAUUGCGCAACCACACCAAAUCUCACGUGGCCAAAACUUACAACAUUUCCCUUAGUUAGUUCGUAGUUGUUUAAUUUUAAGAUAUAAUUGCCUCAAACGAUUCCUAUUAAAUCCAAAUAGUUUUCGAACUUCAAACAUGUAAAACCGAAAAAUUGUUAAAGAGAUUUUAGCUUUCGUGCUAACUUAUUCCUUUAUUUAUUUAUAAUAAAGUGAAUAUGUAAACA